CAGACCUGAGUUGGGUCACUGUGGUCUCUUAGCUGGUGGUAACUCCAUAGUCCUGCAGCUCUUCAAAUCAACCCAAAUCUAACCCGAGAUCCUCAAGUUCUCUGCACUUGCAUCAAAGUUGCGCAUCAGCGUUCUUUGGUUGGUUUCUUCACCCAACAACCAAAUUUCCCUUUCGUAUUUCAAAAUACACUUCCAUGGAUCAGUCAAAGUACUACAUGGCAGGCGUGCAGGACAAGCUGGAGGUGCUGGGGGUGGAGGACGAUGCAGGCAACACCGUCAGCUCCCUGACCAUCCUGUUGCUGCUGGAGCGCGUGGCAGGCAUCAUUGACAACGUGCAGUCUGGCCAGCAGCGCAUGGAAGAGAUGCAGCUUGAGCUGGAGACCAACAUCAGGACCAUCCAGGGCGACGUCCUGAAGCUGGCCAAGGACCACACCACCACCAGUGGCACCGUACAGAAGCUACUCCAGAAGAUGCUCAAGGUCAGCUCCAAUGUCAAGGAGGUGCGCACGCGUGUGGAAAAGCAGAACGUGCGUGUCAAGAAGGUGGAGAACACGCAGGAGGAGCUGCUGACUCGCAACAAGUUCUGUGUUGUCAUUUAUCAGGGGGAACAUGAGGUCCCUUCGGUGGCUGUGACAAAGACCCCAAAAGGAGCAGUUGGUAUGGAGGGGUUGGUGAUCGAGCCAGACACCUAUGACGUCCCCGCGGACAUCUCCUCGGACGAGGAGUACAUGACUGUGGACAAGACUGAAGGAGGCUCCAGAACCGCCCGCCUGAAAGCAUCAGGCAUGAAGGGCAUUGAAAGCAUCAAGCACACCUUCUCCAAGGAUACCAUGACCAAGACCAAGGACAACCUGGGCACCAAGUUCCACAACAUGGGCGAGAAAAUGGUACCCACCGAGAGACGGGAGAAGAUGCACCAGGCCGGCGAGCGCAUCAAGCACUCCAGCGAGAGGCUGAAGGAGAACAUCGCCAUGAAGGUCCCCACCAAGGAGUCCUUCCGCAUCAAGCUGAAGAAAGAGAGAACUGUGGCCAAGGGCCAGGAUGGAGCUGAGGUGGCCGAGGAGGUAGAUGAGACGGUGACCCCAAUCAAUGAAAGGAAAAGCCCAGAAGUCAGUAAAACCCCAGAAGUCACCUACACGGAGGUGGUAAUGGAAACGGAAACCAAGAGGGAGGGUCCUGUGGAGGAGCCAGCUGCCAUCCGGAUAGGGGAGGAGGGGAAGUUCACCAUGGAGGCAGUGAAAGAGGGUAAGGAGGACGAAUAUGACAGGAAGUAGAUCUCCAGCAUGUGGCUGCGACACAAUGUCGAGUCACCGAAACAGGAAGUGAAGCGGAGUAGGAAGAGAGCUUGCGGUGCCAUGCAAGAGAGAUGGUCUGUGACAAAUCAACAUUGACGACAGACAAUUUAGUUCAUCAAUCCGUAUAAAAAU